AUGUCAGUAAAAAUAACUGAAAAGUCGCAAGUACAGAACUUGAUUCUUGAUAAAUAUGAUUAUUUCCUUUUCGAUUGUGAUGGAGUAUUGUGGUUAGGUGACCAUCUACUUCCCUCCAUUGGUGAAGCUUUGGAUUAUCUUAAACAACAAAACAAGACAGUGAUAUUUGUCACCAACAACUCCACCAAAUCACGUACUGACUAUUUAUCCAAAUUCAACAAGAUGGGGAUUUCCAAUAUUACUAAACUGGAGAUCUUUGGAUCAUCAUUUGCAUCUGCGGUGUAUGUUGAGAAGAUUUUGAAAUUACCCAAGGAUAAGAAAGUUUGGGUAUUGGGUGAAGAAGGUAUUGAAAAAGAGUUGCAUGAGUUGGGGUAUAGUACUGUUGGAGGUACAGAUCCCAAAUUGGUUAAAGAAGGUGUUAAGUUUGACCCUAAUACAACCUUGUUUGAUAACUUGGAUCCCAAUGUUGGUUGUGUUGUUUGUGGAUUAACAUUCAACAUCAAUUAUUUAAAAUUGUCCCUCACCAUGCAAUACUUACUCAAGGACAAUAAGAGUAUUCCCUUCAUUGCUACAAACAUCGACUCUACAUUCCCAAUGAAGGGUAAAUUACUCAUUGGUGCAGGAUCAAUUAUUGAAACUGUUGCAUAUGCUAGUGGACGACAACCAGAUGCCAUUUGUGGAAAACCAAAUCAAAGUAUGAUGAAUUCAAUCAAAGCACAAUUGCCAGGGUUGGAAAAAAACCCCAAGAAAGGAUUGAUGAUUGGUGAUAGAUUAAACACCGAUAUGAAGUUUGGAAGAGAUGGUGGAUUGGACACUAUGUUGGUGUUGACAGGAAUAGAAACAGAGUCCAAUGUGAAACAAUUAUCUAAGGAAGAUGCGCCAACUUAUUACAUUGAAAAAUUGGGAGACAUCUACGAAUUUACCCAUUGA